CCUAGCCUGUCACGUGGCAUGGUUUCCAUAGUAACGUAUCAGUUUUGGUUGUUUUGAUGCGUUGCUGGACUUGAAGCAAACUGUGGAUGUGCUAGCAACAAACAAGCACGUUACGUGUAGAUAUAGCUAGCGAACUAGCUAAACUAUUGUUAUAUUUUUACAGUAGCAAGCUUUCUAGCUAGUUAACCGUUCCCGAAACGUAGCUAGCAAGGUACUGAAAGUUGGUGGCCAAAGCGGGCCAGUGAGGAGGUCAGAAUGUCGGGCGACCUGGUAGGAGUGUGGGAAGUGGCCCUGAGCGAUGGAGUCCAUCGGAUUGAGUUUGAACAUGGCACAACCACUGGGAAAAGGGUAAUCUACAUAGACGGAAAGGAAAUUGUAAGAAGAGACUGGAUGUUCAAGCUGGUGGGAAAGGAGACCUUCAACGUGGGAAGUGCGGCCACCAAAGCGACCAUUAACAUUGAUGCAGUGAGCGGCUUUGCUUACGAAUACACCCUGGAGAUCAAUGGAAAGAGCCUGAAAACGUACAUGGAGAACCGCUCCAAAGUCACCAACACUUGGCUGCUCAACCUGGACGGCAUCGACUGCAGGGUCGUCCUGGAGAAAGACACUAUGGAUAUUUGGUGUAAUGGACAAAAAAUGGAGACAGCGGGGGAGUUUGUGGAAGACGGUACUGAGACACACUUCACUCUAAGCGCCCAUGACUGUUGCAUUAAGGCCGUGAGCAGUGGAAAGAGGCGAGAUGGCAUUAUCCACACUUUGCUUGUGGACGGCACAGAGAUAGCUGAAACCACAGAGUGAUUGUCUGUAUAMGUGUUUUGAGCACUUUGUUGGAGUGAAGAAAGCCUUUUUCAAAUCAGGGACAAAAUAAUAGACUGAACAUUGGUGCUGUGUGAUAUUUCACUGUCAAGCUGGAGUCCAUGAGGUACCUCUGCACAAUGUCCAUGAUCUUAGAUGGUUAACCACCAAAGAUCAUGAGCAUCGUGCAGAGGUACCUCUUGGGCUCRAGUUCUGUAGACAUAAUUUUAUCUGGUAAACUGACAUUAUCACCAGUGGGUGAAAGGCAGGUUGCACAGUUGUGUCAAGAGGAGUAGUUAUGUCAAUAAAAAUGUUUUUCCUAAAUGGGAAAACAUUUCUUAAUUUUUAAGUUGAUAUUCCAGUCACAUUCCAGAAAGUGCACUGUGUAUGAGGAAUCAUCCUUGUACUUGUAAUUUACAAAACACAKAUUCUGCUUCCCAAAAUGGCACCCUAUUCCCAUUGACCAGAGGGAGCCAUAUGGGCCCUGGUCAAAAGUAGUGCACUAUAUAAGGAAUAAGGUGCCAUUUGGAGAACCUGUCCAUGGGCCAUGCAGCUCACUUAUAAUGCAUUAAUGUGCCAGGAUUAUUUGCUUUUGUGUGUAGGCUGCAACAUUCUAAAACAAAUGAAUUGUAAUAACUGGAGUAUUUAUAAACAGAUCUGUCCCGUGCAUAGUUGGUAACAUCAAUGGUAUGUUUAUGUUAAUGAUUAUUUGAUGUCAGCCCUUACAAUUAAUGAAUACAUUGAGUUUAGUCAAGUUUGGUAGGGGAUAAGUGUAUGUAAAUACAGUAUAUGAACUUGUUGGCCCAAAUUCUAACAGUUGCAGAUAAAGGAAAACCACACUGGGGGUUCACUCAGAAUGUUGAUGCUGUAUUGGAGGUGUAAAGUGUUAAGAAUGAUUAAUAGCAGUUAACCCAGAACUAUAGUCUCGCAUAAUUGGUCAGAUACUUGAUUAUGUUCUGGGUGUUUAGAGAAACCGUAACGAAGAGCUCCACAAUCUUUCUUUGCAAGUUACGGGCAAGUCUAUGGGCAAAAUGUCCACUCCCCUUCGGGGAAAAAAAGUGCUAACAUCUGCGAAAUUGUGAUUUGUCCAAAGCACCAGAACUAAUGCUGCUCYUUAUCUCAUGCAUCCCGUUGUAUUUUGACAGAUCUACGCUACCAUUUAUAUUUAUGUAGUCUGUCCAGGAGAGAUUAAAAACUGACACUUGCCAUUGGAUAUUGACGUGAAAAUAUACCUGUCCUAAGUAUAACGUAAACCUGUCCAUGCACCAGUUUUCCUAUAUCUGUGAUUGAUUGAUUUGGGGUCAAUUCAAUGGAACGGGACUUCUUUUGCUAGAUUCUAGCCAGUGUCUGACAUGAACGGAAUAAACUGUGCUGUUACCCUCAGA